UACUACUCACUUACUAUUGGACUAUUCUACAUGAAUGCAAUUACUCGAGUAAUCGUGAAUUAUCUACCUUUGUUACAUUGAUGUUGGAUUAUACUGGACUAGAGCGACUUGGUCAUCGUUGAACGUAAAGUAAAUUGCAAGUGCCUGUAUCACUGUGUCUAACCUAUGGGACUGACUUGAUUAUUUGUAUAUCUGGUAUCUUUUUGGAUUAUUAUUGCACUAACUGACUAGAUAAUCAUUUUUUUUAUGCACCCAUUAUUAUUACUAUUAGUAUUAUAUCAAUGUUUGAAUAAUUUUGUUUUGUAUUUGUUUCAUUCUCUAAAUCUGCUGUGAGUCAUAAAGCGUUUACAAGGAGGCCGAACAGCGACCUGACACUCCAGAAGUUCUAUAUUCUUAAAGCAACACUGUCGUGUGGAAAGAGUUGUCAUUUCUUUCCUGGCAUCAGACACAGAUAAGUUGAGUUUUCUUUUGUCUGUUGUAUUGGGCAUUCAGGGUUGAGUGUACAUUGCCUUUUCAGUAGGGGAGAUAAAGGGUGAAUUUUUUUGUUGAUCCUUUUUAUAAUUUAUUGUCUUAUGUAAAUUGAACGUUACUUGUUAACUUAACCUUUAUAAAUUAAUUUACUCUUAUUCAGUAAUAUUUCUUAUUAUUUGUGAUUAUCAUGGACGAGUUUAAACCUAGGUCAAUUGAGGUAUUAAUAGAACAGGCCCACAUGUUUGGGAUUGAGGGUGAUGAACUACGAGAGUUUGUUUUAAACCAACAAAAACUAGAUCUAGAAAGAUUAAAAGAUUUAAACCGACAAAAACUAGAUCUAGAAAGAUUAAAAUUAGAAUUAGAAAGAAAGGCAAUAGAAGUGGUAAAGUUGGAAAUGGACGAGUUUAAACCUAGGUCAAUUGAGGUAUUAAUAGAACAGGCCCACAUAUUUGGAAUUGAGGGUGAUGAAUUACGAGAGUUUGUUUUAAACCAACAAAAACUAGAUCUAGAAAGAUUAAAAGAUUUAAACCGACAAAAACUAGAUCUAGAAAGAUCAAAAUUAGAAUUACAAAGAAAGGCAAUAGAAGUGGUAAAGUUGAAAAUGGAACUGGAAGUAAAACUGUCAUUACUGGGAGAUGUGAACUAUAAAAUAGAAAUUGACAAUGACAUAUUAACUAAUGAGGAACAAAAUAACUGUCAGGAUAUUGAUAAUAAUAUAAGUGGGAUAGAAGAUAAUGAAGAAAUUGAGAAUGUCUUAUCAAUACAUCCGAAAUAGCUUGCUGUGUGUUGCACCAAGUAGAUGGCUUCCUUCCGGUAAAGUGCAGAGAGCUGACAUAUAGAGAGCAGCAUUACUUCAUUAGUAGCGUGAGUGUCCAACGCCUAGACAGAUACCUCUGAUACCCAGGAGGAUGCACAAUUCAGUUUGACCACAGACCAUUGUCUACUAGCAGAUACACUGUCAAGACUUAGCAUAUUUGUAUUAGUUAUAAUUGAUAGAAUUCAUUUUUUCCCCAAUACAAUGUGAAACGUGCCUUUAACUAUUAGAGAUGGUAUCUUGUCGUAUAUUAUUGCUAUACAUAGGAGUUGAUCUUUUCUUGUAUGUUUGCUGUUUUACAUAUUAAAUAUUAACGUGGGAAGGACUAUGCCUGCAGACUUCAAAUUGUAAUUGAACUCUCCAUGCCACUAUUUUUUUUUCUCAUUUAUUCUUUUCUCAUUUAUUCUUUUCUCUCUUUCCCUUUGUUGUAAAUAGCUGGACAUAUUUCUUUUGUUAGGUUAAUAAGGGCUAUUUCACUUUAAUGUACACUAUAUACAUUUGUGUGUAGAUAUAUAUGUUUAUAUAUAUGUAUAUAAGUAUGUGUAUGACACAGUGUGUGUAUGUAUGUAUAUUUAUGUAUAUAUUUGAAUGACUGUUAUCUAAUAACAGUCAUAUCGUGAGAGGGGGGAUGUCAGGGAGAGGUAUGGCGAGAAUGAAUGUUAGUUUGAUAUUUUGGUAUGAUUGUUAUAUCCCCUUGUUAUGAAUGCGAAGUGUUGCACGUGUUGUGAACUGAGUGAUAAGUCUUCGUUGAAUGUGCGAGAGAAUGUGUUAGUCAGUAAGGUCUUGCUCCCGGUCCAGGAAGGUUGGACGUUUACUUCCUGGACUGGUAUUUAUGUAUUUAUAAGUUUAUGGACUGGUGUUUUGUUUAUUAAUAUUUACUUGAGCAAUAUUGGAUAUUAAAAUAUUGAUAUAUUCUUGGA